AUGAGAGGCGUUGCAAACUCUAUUCGAAGAGCUAUCGCCGUGACGAGUGCCUUCAAAAGCACUUUGGUCGAGGCAGAGAAUAGUAGGCAUGGGACAAACACUGAGGAAUUUUAUGGCAGAAAAACCCUCAAUCUGGGAGGCCUGGAUGUCCCCUUGAUUGAGGGUGAACUAAAAAGCAUUGAAAAGACGUUCUUGAAGGCUGCAGCAAAUGGGGAUGCGACAAGCGUCAAGAGACUGAUCGAGAAUGCGAAAAACUAUCAGCUAAAUGUCAAUUGUAUGGACACAAUGGGGCGCGGAGUGCUACGAAUAGCAAUUGAGGCAGAGCACAUUGAACUUCUGCAAAUGCUGCUGGGAUAUGAGCAGAUCGAACUGAGGGACUGUCUUCUUCAUGCCAUAAACGAGGAGGAUGUGCAGGCCGUUGAGCUCAUUCUGCAAGCUCAGAGCGAACGCUUACAUAAGAAAAACCUAAAGGUAUGUUUCCACUUAUGCCUCAAUAUGGUCAAGUACUAA